AUGGUGGAGGAUAGUGGUUUUAAAGCUAUGGUUUCAACCUUCCAUCCCAAGUACGAGCUUCCAUCAAGAACGUACUUCACAAAACAGAUGGAGAAAAAGUAUGAAGUCAUCAAAGCCAAGGUGAAGCAAGCUCUACAAGAGACCGACAGCGUUGCACUGACUACUGAUAUUUGGACAAGCAUCUCAACAGAGGCUUAUAUGGGGGUGACAUGCCACUAUAUUGGGAAGAACUGGAACAUGGUGUCCCACUCCCUGAUGACGAUGCCCCUUGAGGAGAGACACACAGCUGCAAAUAUUGCAGGGUGGAUUGAGGAGGUGAUUGCCAAAUUUGAUAUUCCAGCAAAGAAAAUCAAGGCUGUAGUCCAUGACAACGGUGCCAAUGUCGUAGCAGCAGCAAAGAUCUUGGAAGGAAGACACGGAUGGGCAUCAGUGAGAUGUGCAGGGCAUACCCUCAACUUGGUUGUGCAAAGCUCACUGAAAUUCCACCAGGCUAUCUCCAAGUGUGUUGCUGCUGCGAGAAGCCUUGUGGAACAUUUUAAAAAGAGUGAACUGGCAUGUACGAAGUUGAAGGACAAGCAGAAACAAAUGGGUUGCAAGGAAAACAUGCUGGUGCAAGAUGUUGCCACACGGUGGAACAGCACUUAUGCCAUGUUGUCCAGGCUACAAGAACAGAGAUGGCCAGUGACUGCCACACUCUCCGACCCAGCAGUGACCCAGAGAGGGAAACACUACCUGACCGCCCACCCCUACUACCUGGACCUCAAACCUGAACAAUGGACUCUUAUUGAGGAGCUGAAUCAGGUCCUUGAGCCCUUUGAAUCAGCCACAGUGUUUCUGAGUGGACAACAAUAUGUCACACUCUCUGCACUUCCACAUCUUGUCACAGAAAGAUGGCAAGGACUACUUGAAUUUACUCCCGAAUCUCCAAAUAUCACCCUACUCACUGCUGCUCUGGAUCCCAGGUUUCGAAAACUGAGGUUCUUGGUUGCUGAGGAAGUAGUCAAGGUUCAAAGCGCAGUACAAGCCAUGGCUCUUGCAGCCAAACAACAAGUGAGGCAGCCCACUGCAAGUAUACAUGGAGCAGACAGCACAGCACAGGACUCCCCACCAGCAGCACAUGCAAAGAAGACUACAUCUUUCCUCGAUUCAGACUCCACCACCAGUGACGAAGAACAAGAUGAGGAGCAGGAGUUUCUCCAAGCUGUACAUCAGGAGGUCUUUGCGUAUUUUGGAGAACAUCCCCUGUCCAAAAAGGAGAAUCCACUGACUUGGUGGGAAAAGAAUGCAGCACGGUAUCCAACAUUGGCAGAGCUGGCAAGGUCCCUGCUGUGUAUUCCAGCCACAUCAACGCCAUCAGAGCGUCUGUUUUCAGCUGCAGGUAACAUCGUAUCAAAGAAGAGGGCAAGCCUCACCCCUGAGCAUGUUGAUAUGCUUACCUUUCUUCACUGCAAUAAAGUGCUCCUUUAA